UCCAAAAUGAAUGGAAUCUCCCCUUUCUACUUGGUGCCGCUCGCCCUUUAUAUCCUGAUGCAGCUUGGCAGAUGGCACGGAGGACAUUGCCAGCCCACACCAGAUCUGUACACGUCUACCCGUGAACAGACGCAACUGCUGCAUACUGAACGCAUGGUAAUUAAAGCUCUGCAGGCGUACAUCACGCUGGAGGAAGAACGUCUCUCCCGCUUCGAGCGAUAUUCUGCGCAUCUUUUGCGCGACUUAGAGGGCUGCAAGAUACUAUUGCACAAUCUGUACGGCGGAUUUAGAUCCGAAAUAUCGAGUCGCAACGUGAACAACUUGACCGUCACCGUUUCAGGUAGCGUAUUUCCGACAAGAACCGACCUAGAAGGCGCCGCAAUAGGGCUGUGUCGGCUGCAGAAAAUCUACCAUCUGAAUGCAUCCAGCCUAAUGGAGUUGAGGUCACCCCUCUUGCCCCCACCAACUUCAAAUGAGAUGACUGAGAUAGCGUACAUGUGCUUGAUAAAGGACUAUAAGACCCCCAUUGACUGGGUGGAGGAAGCAAUGAAAGUAGCCAGAAACAGCAGCAGUGCAAGACGUGGCUUUAACGACAUCAUGGCACUUUCAUUGCUCAACAGAAAGCAAAUAUCUUCUGCUAUGGCCUUUGCCAGACAAGUUAUUCGGUAUCCACCGGAGAGUGUCAACGUAUCGGCUGUCUUCCGCCAAUGGAAGAAAAAGCCCAGACCUAAAAAGGACCCGCCUGAGCCAGUUUCACCUAUGGAGAUGGAUGUGGACUAUUUUGCCAACUUUUGUUUAGAACGGGGAGGUUUGAAACCCAGAAGAAGAUCAAAACUGACAUGCAGAAUGACAACUGGCAGUGGUAACCCAGCGAUGCUUCUUCAACCAGUGAAAACUGAGGUGCUGUCUGCCGAUCCCAUUGUACUCUUAUACCAUGAUCUCUUAAGAAGGGAAGAGUGCGAAUUGAUGUGCGAUGUCACGAAGAACAAGCUAAGUCGUACAACUACAGACACACUACCAACAUAUCGAGUGGGAAAGUUGCUUUGGCUCGACGACGCUGACAACGCGGUCGCUGCGAGGAUAUCACGACGUAUAUCAGCUGUUACGGGACUGAGUAUUAAUAAUGCAGAACCACUUCAGAUAGUCAACUACGGACUGGGCGGUCACUACAAACCCCACAACGACAACCGGACUCCAGGACUCACACCGGACAACUGCACAUUGCAAAAUGGCUUCCGCGUAGCAACAGCUCUCCUCUAUCUGUCAGACGUGGCAGCCGGUGGCUCCACGGUUUUCCCGAAAUUAGACAUCGUAGUCAGGCCUAAAGCUGGUCUGGCUCUCUUCUGGUUCAAUAUGAAGACUCCGGGAGAAAGUGAGACGGAUUACGUCCAGACAUGGAGCGAGACGCGCACCAGAGAUAUGAGGACGUUACAUGGCUCCUGUCCCGUCUUGAGAGGCUCCAAAUGGAUUGCUACGAAAUGGCUCCGAGAAAGCGGACAGUACAAAGUUAACUACCAAUUGCCUCUACGUGGGUAGCGUCGUUUAGAAUAUGGUUCUAUGCCAAAACUGACGUGUCGUUGAAUUCUGCUGCGUGACUUUUUUUUUCUCGUUAUUUCUUUUCUCACUCAACUGAUUCAGGAUCGGAUUGAAUCGGAAGUGAACUGAACGGAUACGUUGUUGUUGCGCGCGAAAUUCGAGUGUUGUCUUGUAUGUCCUGUCCCGUCUUCAAAGGCUCCAAAUGGAUUGCUACGAAAUGGUUCCGAGAACGCGAACAAUCCAAAGUUAACUACCAAUUACCCCUACAUGAGUAAUGUCGUUUGGGUUUCAACUGUCCCAAGGAAAUUUCUAACAACACCUUCGCUGCGCAUACAAUUCGCUUGGUCCUGUAUUAUGUGUUCGCUCUGUUAUGCACAGUGUUAUGUUGUGUUUUUAUUGUGACUUUGUGUCGGGACGUUUAUAUCUGUUUAACGAGCUAUAAUUUUCAUUGGUCGAAGGAACGACCUUCGUGUUCGCUGGAACGCUUGUAAUGGAAAACAAAAAUAAAUAAACAGCUCCAUCUAUA